UGUCCCGUGUCCUAAUGUUUUCUGUGCACAGCCCUAGAUCGAAGUUCCCGCACGUGGGAGGCCGGGCCGGACCUUGAGCGAGAUGCCCCGCGCGCGCCGUUUUCGGACUGUGCGCGCUCUGCUGCGCAGCCGGUACCGCGAGGUGUGGCCGCUGGCAACCUUCGUGCGGCGCCUGGGAACUGAGGGCAGGCGACUUGUGCAACCUGGAGAUCCAAAGGCCUUCCGCACGUUGGUGGCCCAGUGCCUAGUGUGUGUGCCCUGGGGCUCGCAGCCUCCACCUGCUGACCUUUCCUUCUACCAGGUGUCAUCUCUGAAGGAGCUGGUGGCCAGGGUCGUGCAGCGACUCUGUGAGCGCGGCGAGAGAAACGUGCUGACUUUUGGCUUCUCGCUGCUUGGCGAGACCCAAGGCGGGGCCCCUGUGGCCUUCACAACCAGCGUGCGAAGCUACUUUCCCAACUCGGUGACUGACAACCUGCGUAUCAGUCGUGCAUGGAUGCUUCUGCUGAGCCGAGUGGGCGACGACCUGCUGGUCUACCUUAUGACCCGCUGUGCGCUCUACCUGCUGGUGCCCCCGACCUGUGCCUACCAAGUUUGCGGCUCACCCCUGUACCAAAUAGAUAGCCCCGCGGAUACCUGGCCCUCUGUGCCCCCCAGAUACAGGCCCACACAACCCGGGGGCAGAAAUUUUACCCAUCUUGGAUCCACACAGCCGGUCAGGAACAGCAGUUACCAGGAAGCAUGGAAACCCUUGACCUUGCCAUCUCGAGGCGUGAAGCGGAGUCUGAGCAUCACGGAUAAAAGUGUGCCUUCAUCCAAGAAGGCCAGGUGCAAUCUGGCCCUGAGACGGAAGAAGGGACCCGACAAGCAGGCGGUUCCAACCCCAUCAGACAAAACACGGGUGCCAAGGCCUGCCCAGUUCCCCGCAGUGCCUACUAGCAGAGCUACCAAGGGAAAUUUGUCUUCCAGAGGAAAGGCACCUGGCCUGAGUCUCUCUGGAUCAGUGUUCUGUAAGAACAAGUGCAGUUCCACAGACCUGCAGUCACCGCUAUGCCAAAAUGCCUUUCAACCCCAACCUUUUACUGAGACCAAACGCUUCCUCUACUCCAGGGGAGGUGGCCGAGAGAAGCUGGACCCCUCAUUUCUACUCAACAACCUCCAGCCUAGCUUGAGUGGAGCCAGGAGACUGGUGGAGAUCAUCUUUCUAGGCUCGAGGCCUCGAACAUUAGGACCACUACGCCGGACACGCCGCCUGCCAAAGCGCUACUGGCAGAUGCGGCCCCUAUUCCAGCAGCUGCUUGUGAACCAUGCAAGGUGCUCAUAUGUCAGACUCCUCAGGUCACAUUGUAGGUUUCGGACAGCAGCCCACCAGGGGGCAGGUGCCUUGAACACCAGCUCACCGCACCUCAUUAAUUUGCUCCGCCUACACAGCAGUCCCUGGCAGGUAUAUGGUUUUCUGCGGGCCUGCAUCCGAAAGCUGGUGCCUUCAGGUCUCUGGGGUACGAGGCACAACAAGCGCCGCUUCUUGAAGAACGUGAAGCAAUUCAUCUCCUUGGGGAAGUACGGCAAACUCUCGCUGCAGGAGCUGAUGUGGAAAAUGAAAGUGGAGGACUGCCCCUGGCUUCGCAGCAAUCCAGGAAACAACUGCGUCCCUGCCGCAGAACACCGUACAAGGGAAAGGAUCCUGGCUGCAUUCCUAUUCUGGCUGAUGGACACGUACGUGGUAGAGCUGCUCAGGUCAUUCUUUUACGUCACAGAAACUACAUUCCAGAAGAACCAGCUCUUCUUCUACCGUAAGAGUGUGUGGAGCAAACUGCAGAGCAUUGGAGUGAGGCAGCACCUCAAGAGAGUGCGGCUGCAGGAGCUGUCACGAGAGAAGGUCAGGCAGUACCAGGAGGUCUGGCCGGUCACGCCCAUAUACAGACUGCGUUUCAUUCCCAAGCCCAGUGGUCUCCGGCCCAUUGUGAACAUGGGUUACAGCAUGGGCCCCAGAGUCCUUGACAAAGAGAAACAGGCCCAGGAUUUCACCCACCGUCUCAAGACGCUAUUCAGCGUGCUCAACUAUGAGCGGACAAAGCACCCUAACCUCCUGGGAGCUUCUGUCCUGGGCCUGAAUGACGUCUACAGGACCUGGCGGACCUUCGUGCUGCGCACGCGCACUCUGGGCUGGGCACCCAGGAUGUACUUUGUUAAGGCAGAUGUGACGGGAGCAUUUGAUGCCAUUCCCCAGGAAAAGCUCAUGGAGGUUGUCGCCAAUAUGAUCAGACACCCAGAGAACAUGUACUGUGUCCGCCAGUAUGCAGUGGUUCAAAGAAAUCGCCAAGGCCAAGUCCAUAAGUCCUUCAGGAGAGAGGUCUCCGCCAUGUCUGACUUUGAGCCGUACAUGAACCACUUCGUGACACAUCUGCAGGAGUCCGAUGCCAGCGCACUGAGGAACUCGGUUGUCAUUGAGCAGAACUUCUCUCUGAAUGAGGCCGGCUGCAGCCUGUUCGACUUCUUCCAGCACUUUGUGCGUAACAGCAUCAUGAAGAUUGGUGGCAGGUGCUAUGUCCAAUGCCAGGGCAUCCCCCAGGGCUCCAGCCUGUCCACCCUGCUCUUCAGCCUGUGUUUCGGAGACAUGGAGAACAAGCUUUUUGCGGAGGUGCACCAGGACGGGCUGCUUUUACGCUUUGUGGAUGACUUUCUAUUGGUGACACCCCACCUGGUCCAGGCAAAAGCCUUCCUCAGGGCCCUGGUCCACGGCAUUCCUGAGUAUGGCUGCACCAUAAACUUACAGAAGACAAUGGUGAACUUCCCCAUGGAGACUGGUACCCUGGACAGUGCAGCUCCACACCAGCUGCCUGCUUGCUGCCUGUUUCCCUGGUGUGGCUUACUGCUGGACACUCAGACUCUGGAGGUGUUGUGUGACUACACCACUUACACCCAGACCUCAGUUAAGGCCAGCCUCACCUUCCAGCGCACCUUCAAGCCCGGGAGGAACAUGCGGCACAAGCUCUUAACUAUUUUGCGGCUGAAAUGUCACAGUCUGUUUCUAGACUUGCAGGUGAACAGCCUGCAGACAGUCUGCAUCAAUGUUUACAAGAUCUUCCUGCUGCAGGCCUACAGGUUCCAUGCAUGCGUGCUUCAGCUUCCCUUUGAUCAGCAUAUUAGGAAGAACCCCACAUUCUUUCUGGGCAUCAUUGCCAGCUCAGCAUCCUGCUGCUACUCUGUCCUGAAGGUCAAGAAUUCAGGAGCGACACUAGGGGCCAAGAGAGCCUCUGGCUUAUUUCCUCUUGAAGCUGCCCGCUGGCUCUGCUACCAAGCCUUCCUGACCAAGCUGGCUGGUCAUUCUGCUGUCUACAGGUGUCUCCUGGGACCUCUCAGGGCCGCCCAGAAACAGCUGUGCCUGAAGCUCCCUGCGGCAACAAUGGCUAUUCUCAAGGUUGCAGCUGACCCAGUCCUAAGUACAGACUUUGAGACCAUUUUGGACUAAGCCUGCUUCCUUCAGCUGGAUGAACAUGGGCACUUUAGCCUUUCCUCUCAUGGAUCCGUGUCACAAGAGGGACUGGCCUGUUGUGUAGGAGGAGAGAGUCACUUGUUGGUUCCUGGCCACUUAGCCCCUAAAUAAGCAUGUAGAGACUGUACUAAUUAAAUCACUGCUUGGCCCAUUAGCUCUAGCUUCUGAUUAGCUAACUCUUACAUAUUAAUUUAACCCAUUUCUAUUAAUCUAUGUAUGGCCACGUGGCUGUGGCUUACCAGCUAAAGUUCUAGUGUCUGUCUCCAGCGGGACUACAUGAAGCUCUCUCUCACUCUGCCUUUCUUUCUCCCAGCAUUCAGUUUAGUUUUCCCUGCCUACCUCUAUUCCCUGCGCAGGCACAAGACAGUUUUUUAUUAACCAAUGGUAUUCACAGCAUACAGAGGGGAAUCCCACAUCACUGUUGUGAGGCUAGGUUGCCCUCCCAAAGAUCUGUGUUGUGAUGGUAGUAUGGGAGUUUGUCCUUGUUUCUCUGGUGGACUUGUUUCCUUCCUGUUGCCCCCCAGGAAGCAGAUCCCACCCUUUUUAGUGGCAGGGAUCCCCUAGCUACCAACACCAAAAGGAGGUAGAGGGUGCAUGGGUGUGCUGGACCUGAUGUCUUUUUAUAUCUAACUGUGGAGCCUUUCCCUAUGGGCUCAGAGUGUCUCAGAGAGGAAGAGAUGGCUUUGAGCCAGUAACCUAAAUUGCAGCCUAAAUAUAUUCCAAAUUCAAGUGACUGCAUGUUUAGUUACUUUUCUAUUGCUGUGAUAAAACACCAUGACUAAGGCAACUUAUAUAAGCAAGGUUUUUGGUUUUUGUUUUUGACUGGAGCAGUAGUUGAGAGUUUACAUAUUGACUCAAAGCAUAAGGCAAAGAGAACUAACUGGGAGAUGGUAGGGGUCUUUUAUUUUUAUUUUAUUGUAUUUUUGCAAUAUUCUCAGAGUCCACUUUAAUUUUUAGUGGUGGUUUGACAAAUACUUCAGAACGUUGUGAAUGUUGAAAUCAAACAGGUCACAGGCAAGUCGAAGGGAUCAUACUGGGGACAUUUCAUAAGUUCUCUGAAGCGAAGAUUCCUUGGCAGCAUCUCACAGUAAUCAAUCAUAGUGGUAUCUACUGAGAUAAAAUUGGAUGAUGUAUGUUAGUACUAAAUCAGACAGGAGUCAUAUGCAAAUAAACAGUAAAUCAUGCAAGUGUUGUUUGUCAUGCUUGUUUGAUAUAUCACUCUAACAGACUUCUACUUAAAUGCUUUCUGAU